GCACACGCCCACACUCGUUUCUUUUUGGCUGUACAUACUGCUCCAGCAUCCACGCUCGCUAAUUGCUACUUACACAUACUAAUUUACGCCACACGCAACCACACGACACCAUGAAGUACUCUACUGUCCUCCUCUUCGCCAUUGGCGCCUCGGCCCAAAGCAUCACCAGCACUUCCGCAUCCUCCGCGCCCGCGUCCACUGCGCUCUCAUCCGCUGUCCAGUGCGCUAUGGCUUGCGAGGCUGGCGACGUUAACUGCCAGGCCGCAUGCUUGGGCAACGCUCGCCCCAACGCUUCCCAGGUCAUCGAGACCAACGAGUGCGCCGCCAAGUGCGACCAGGGCGACGGCUCUCCUUCGGCCACUGAAGCCUACUCCAAGUGUGUCGACACUUGCAUCACCGACCACUUCCCCAGCAGCCAGACCGCAUUCGUUGAUAGUCCCGCGGGUGCUGGUGCCGCUGCUCCCAGCGACGCUCCUUCCAGCGCUGCUGCUGGUACCGGCGCCAACUCUGCUACGCCCACUCCUACCGGAUCCGAGUCGUCCCCAUCUGGCUCUCCUUCUGGCUCUCAUUCUGGAUCUGCCUCUGGAUCUGCUGGCCGGCCUUCGUCUACUGCCGCAGCUGGCGCAGCCGACAAGACCUCUGUCCAAUUCUUUGGUGCUGGUCUUGCCGGUCUCCUCGCUGUUUUCGCUUUGUAAACGGGGUGACGCGCUACGCUUUGCAAUUGCCGGAUGUUUCUCAAACGCAUGGACGAUCAAGGCGAUCAAAGCGAUCGCCGGGGUCGAGGUUUAAUACGAGCAUAGCCAUUUUGUCUGUUUGAUAAACCAAUCACUCAAAGGGCUGUUUUUUGUAGUAAUUCAAUUGAUUGUCGGUUGUUGA